AUGAUCUCAAUAUUCAUCACCCACAUUAUUAAUCCUUUAGCCUUUAUCGUGCCUGUUCUACUAGCUGUUGCCUUCCUAACCCUGCUUGAACGAAAAGUGCUUGGUUAUAUACAACUACGAAAAGGUCCAAACAUUGUAGGGCCUUACGGCCUAUUGCAGCCAAUUGCUGAUGGUGUUAAACUCUUCAUUAAAGAGCCUAUUCGCCCUUCCACCUCUUCCCCCGUCCUUUUUCUAUUAGCCCCUAUCCUUGCACUCACCCUUGCUCUAACCCUUUGAGCUCCAAUGCCUAUACCAUACCCCGUUAUUGACCUUAACCUUGGAAUCUUAUUCCUCCUGGCCCUAUCAAGUCUAGCAGUCUACUCAAUUUUAGGCUCAGGAUGGGCCUCCAAUUCCAAAUAUGCAUUAAUUGGUGCCUUACGGGCCGUGGCCCAAACAAUUUCUUACGAGGUUAGCCUAGGACUUAUUCUACUAAAUACCAUUAUUUUUACAGGCGGCUUCACACUACAAACCUUUAACGUAGCUCAAGAGAGCGUUUGAUUAAUUUUACCAGCCUGGCCCCUAGCCGCAAUAUGGUAUAUCUCUACCCUCGCAGAGACUAACCGUGCACCUUUUGAUCUCACCGAAGGAGAGUCAGAACUAGUCUCAGGGUUUAAUGUGGAAUACGCCGGAGGUCCCUUCGCCCUAUUUUUCCUAGCAGAAUAUGCAAAUAUCUUACUUAUGAAUACACUCUCCGCAACUUUAUUCCUAGGAGCCUCCCACAUUCCCUCCAUCCCUGAGCUUACUGCUAUUAACCUUAUAACUAAAGCAGCUCUUCUUUCCAUCGUGUUUCUCUGAGUUCGAGCCUCCUACCCUCGCUUCCGUUAUGACCAGUUAAUGCACCUAAUUUGAAAAAAUUUCCUCCCACUAACAUUAGCAUUAGUCAUUUGACACUUAGCGCUCCCCAUUGCAUUUGCUGGCCUCCCCCCUCAGCUAUAA